GCAGUUUCACUAAAAUAGGCUAUCUUGUUGGGCGUCCUAGUCUACAGUACAUGCUACGCACACUCAUAAUCGUUUCAUCCUGCUGUAGGUUUACCUGAAAUCCUCUACUGUAGGUAAAAUUUACCGCCAGAGGGCAGUGGAUCGAUUACUGAGCGACACUCUGAUGACGCUAACUUUAUACUUGCACUUUCACCCUGAACGGCUGACAAACAGCACUACAAUCAUCAAAUACAAAUACAAAUACAUCAAAAAGAUGAUAUCAUAUCAGGUUUUAAGGUGCGUGUGUAGUUUUGCCGUCACUAAACCGGCUUUUCAAGGCAGAGUGAUCUCAGCAUGUGGACUGAAGACAUCCUCCGUCAAUCACAGUGACGGACAACCUUACCCAGGAGCUGGACUUUGUUCAGAAAACAAAGUCCAAUUUCCAAUUAAUUGUUUCUAUCUGAUGAUAAGGACUGGCUUGUAAAGAGAACAUCUCCAUGUCGUCAGUUGUGAAUUACGAGCAGCUCAAGGCUAUGCUGGCCAAUCACAGUGUACAACUGUUUGACGUCCGGAACCCAGAUGAAUUCCAGGCAGGCCGGAUUCCAGAUUCCAUCAACAUUCCAUUGGGACAGCUCGAGGAGUCACUGAAGCUCCCACAAAAGCCCUUUGAAUUGCAGUUUAAGGUGAAGGCCCCACUAAAAGAGGAUGAUAACAUAGUUUUUCAUUGCCGGAGUGGGAAUAGGAGUUUGUCUGCUCUUGCAAUUGCUCAUCGACUGGGAUUCAUUAAGGCACGACAUUAUGCAGGUGGAUACAUCGACUGGGAAGCACAUGAGAAGAAGUAACAUGACUGAUACAAGUCAUUAAAUUGCAGAUGUAAUAUUAGCUCAGUAAUAAUAAUACAUGAUUUAAGAAUCUUCUUUAAUGUCAUUUUUAAAUCAAUUUUAAAUACAACGAGACAGUGUAAAAUAAAUUGCA